UAUAAUUCGAUUCUCUUAUCGAUAGCAAGGCAAAACUAUCGCUCUCAGCUCUAGCUAUCAGCUGUUUUGUGUUUUUUGAAUAUUUUAAACCUCUCCAAGUUGUGUACACACUGCCAGUUGAUAUAAUAACAACUGUUGAGGGUUCUCAACAAAUUGGAAUUGAUAUAAUGCAAAUUAUUAAAGUAGUUACCCGCAAUUUAGUCAUACACAAACACUUAUGCCAGCCAAAAUUGCUAAAUGUCAGUGCUCGGCUUCACUGUAGCACGGUCAAAGGCUCCAAAUUGCCUUUGGCUUCGGGCUAUCAGCCGAAGCCCGUUGAGGAGGCAUAUUGGGAACGUGAAAAGGAGCCCACAAACGAGGUGAAAAGCGGUUGCAAUCGUGGACCCUAUCGCAUGAUCCUGCCACCCCCAAAUGUAACCGGUAACUUGCAUUUAGGCCAUGCACUGAUGGCCACGGUGCAGGACGUGAUUGCAAGACAGCAAAGGCAGCUUGGCUACGAUGUGCAAUGGGUGCCAGGCACUGAUCAUGCUGGCAUUGCCACACAAGUGGUCGUAGAGCGUACCUUGUUAGCGACCAAGGGAAAAACACGUCAGGAAAUUGGUCGAAAAGCCUUCCUCGAGGAGAUUUGGAAAUGGAAGGCUGAAAAGGGCGCAGGAAUUAUUCAGGAUUUGCGUCAACUGGGCUGCUCACUCGACUGGGAUCAAGAAUACUUCACAAUGGACGAACAGCAGGCUAAAGCUGUGAGCUUGGCCUUUGUGCAGCUUUUCGAUGAGGGCCUUAUCACGCGACGUAAUUCGCUCGUCAAUUGGUCCUGUGCCCUGCGCUCUGCCAUCUCUGAUAUCGAAGUGGAAAAUUUGGAUAUUAAGGAACCUGUUGAAAUAGCCGUGCCCGGCUAUGAGCAGAAUGUCCUCUUCGGUCGCAUCUUUGAUAUUGCCUAUCGCGUUGUCGAUGCCCAACUCGAAAAUGAUGGCAAGCUGGAGGAGAUUGUAGUGUCCACUACUAGGCCGGAAACCAUGUUGGGAGAUGUAGCGGUUGCUGUGCAUCCAACUGAUCCACGUUAUACCAAAUAUCGCAAUCGAACCGAUGUGAAGCUGCAUCAUCCGUUUAGAGACGAGACGAUUCCCCUAAUCUUUGAUUUCUCUGUGGACUCGGAGUUUGGUACAGGCGCUGUUAAGCUAACGCCAGCCCAUGACAAGUUCGAUUUUGAGGUGGCCACACGCCACAAACUGGAGGGACGUCGUGUUUUUACCGAAAACGGGGAGAUCGACGAAGCAUAUCCUGAGUUUCAGGGCAAACGUCGCUUCGAUCUACGGGAUUGCAUCGUACAGCGUUUGGAGCAGCUGGAGCUACUGCGCGAGGUGCGCUCGCACAGCAUGCAAUUGCCAAUAUGCUCUCGUUCAAAGGAUAUCAUUGAAUACAUGAUGGUUCCGCAGUGGUUCCUCAAUACCAGAUCUAUGUGUGAGUCCGCUUUAUCGGAGCUGAAGAGUGGAAGAUUGCAAAUAAUGCCGUCGACAUUUGAGACGGACUGGGAGCGCUGGCUGACGGAUUCGCGGGAUUGGUGCAUCUCUCGUCAGCUGUGGUGGGGUCACCAGGUGCCUGCCUACGAGGCCUUCGACUCCAGGGGCAACAGCUGCUGGGUGGCGGCCACCGAUGAGAAAAGUGCACGGGAGAAGGCAAUUACCAAAUUGGGCACGAAGGAGGUGAGAUUAACACGAGACGUAGAUGUACUUGAUACUUGGUUCUCCUCAUCGCUAUUACCUUUCUCCGUGGCUGGUUGGCCCAAUGAGAGCUAUAAGGAGAAAUAUCCACUCGAUCUAAUGCAGACCGGGCAUGAUAUACUCUUCUUCUGGGUUGCUCGCAUGAUGAUGAUGGGACUGAAGCUAACAGGCAAGGCGCCCUUUCAGCGUAUUCUGCUCAACGGUAUCGUGUGCGAUGCUCACGGCCGCAAGAUGUCCAAGAGCUUGGGCAACAUUGUGGCUCCACAGCAAGUGGUGCAGGGCGCCAGCUUGGACAGCUUAAAAGCUGUACUGCAGCAAUCAAGCGAUGCCGGCGUAAUCAAACCUCAAGAAUUGAAAACAUCUACAGAGAGCAUGAUGAAAAUGUUUCCAAGCGGCAUUCAGGAGUGCGGCACAGAUGCCCUGCGCUUCACGCUGCUUAGUCACAACAUCAAGCAUCAUUUCAUCAACUUCGAUGUAACCACCUGCUAUACCAACAAGCUGUUCCUCAACAAGAUCUGGCAAGCUAUGCGAUUUACACUUGGCUCUGCUCAAAUUCUCGGAAUUACUCUAGAUGAAUUUGAGACUUUGGAGGGCGUUCAGCUCAAUAUGUGGGAUCGAUGGAUUAUUGGCAGAUUGGCUGAGACGUUAUCCAUAUGCUCCGAGAGCUCUUCCAACUACAAUUUCCAUAUGGCUACAUCGGCUCUGAAGCACUUCUUCUAUCAGAAUCUGUGUGAUGUGUAUUUGGAAACCACCAAGAAUGCGAUCAAGAAUCGCAGCCAUGAUGCCUAUGUGAACGUGGCCACAUUGACCGCCUGCCUUAGCUGGGGCUUACAGGCCUUGGCGCCAUUUACACCCUUCGUAGCCUCUGAGCUAUUGCAGCAUGUGCCGCUGAACAUUGAGCUCAAGCUGUCGGACUAUCAAGAUCCCAAGCUGCAAGCGGAGGUCGCUGACAUAGUCAACGUUUGCACCAAUGUGCGCCAGAUGAAGAGUCGUAAUCAAAUCAGCAACCGUCAUUCCCCGAAGCUAUCUCUUUUUGCUCAGAAUGAGGAAGCAGAAAUGAUUCUGCGCCGUCAUCUGGCGCAAAUUGGUGUGCUCACGCGUUGCGGCAACGUGGAGCUAGAGCUGCUCAAUGAGGAUUCAAAGUUCUCCAAGAAACUGAACUUCUUUUCAACUGCCGGCGCACUCUGCUCCUUUGGCAUCACCAUUAAAGAGGAGUUCACAAUUCCAGUUGAGAAACGCGAGCAAAUCAAAACAACGAACAAGAAGAAGCUGAAGAAGUUGGUCAACGAGUUGCAGAAGUACAAAGUACGCGUGGACAAUGAGGCGUUCCAGCUACUGGCAGACACUGCUACCAAGACACACUUCAAUAAUCGGAUCAAAGAACUGCAGGCCGAGAUAGAAAAUCUGAUACGCAUGGCGGCGUAGUCCUACCCCAAUCUAGUCAUUCUCGUGGUUGUUAAAUUAAAAUGUACAUUUAAAGCAUUGCCUUAAAAUAUUGGUG